AUGGAAAACCCACGCCAAUAUCAGCCAUUUGGCGGUUUCAACCGCUUCGUCAAUGUUAGACUGAACCGUGAUCCACCAGCACAUCCUCAACCCGGACAGCACCCAGGCUUCGGACCGAACCCAUUCAACCAAGAAAACAGACCAAAUAGAUUGAACCAAAGAGUGUACAUCAACCCCCCUCUCAUCUUUGACGCAGAACCCCGCCACCAAAGAGUGAACAUCAACCCCCCUCUCAUCUUUGACGCAGAACCCCGCCACCAAAGAGUGAACAUCAACCCCCCUCCCAUCUUCGACGCAGAACCCCGCCAACACAGAGGGAACAUCAACCCCCUUCCCAUCUUCGACGUAGAACCCCGCCACCGGCGCUAUCACGAGUUCCAACUCCAAGCGCUUCGACAGCCACCCGUCGCGCCACCACCCCAGAGGCAGGAGCAACAGCAACAGGAUCAACAGCAACAGGAUCAACAGCAACAGGAUCAACAGCAACAGGAUCAACAGCAACAGGAUCAACAGCAACAGGAGCAACAGCAACAGCAACAACAACAGCAUGACCAACAACAGCAGGGGCAACAGCAGCAGGGACAGGACCAACAGGAGCAAGAGCAACAGGAGCAAGAGCAACAGGACGAGGGACAAGAACCAGAGGCUCCCGUGAUCCGCCUCGGCCGGCACGGAAACGCAGGCGCGGCACGCACGCUGAGGGAACCGCCAAUGAUCGUACUCCUCGACCUGACAAAAGCGCUGAUCAGCCUGCUGCGCGCCGCGGCAGCAGGGCUCGGGGGCGCCAUCGACAAAGUCGCGCGGGCUGUACUCGCGGCGGCCUUGCCUUUGGUAGACUUCGUCACGCGGUGGGUCCUCUUCCUCUUUGUUGUCCUCCUUGCGCUGCGGGUCGGCAUCCCCGUCCUCGUGCGUGGCUUGACGGCCCUGCAGAAAGGGAUCGCGGCGGUGCUCGAGGCGCUGGUGGAGGUGGCGAGCUGGGUGUUCAACUUGGACAUAAGCUGGCCGUGGCGAAGCCCUGUGUUCGGCUACACACUGCGGGAAGAAUACAUGAGUAGAGCGGUGACUGGGAUGCCCUACCGCGAGGGGGCGUUUGCGGCCGGAGACUCUAUCCCGGGCCCGCCGUACGGCGCCACGGCCUGGAGCUCCGUAGGCGCCGCCUGGCUCGACCUGCCUUACUCGGUGGUCUCAAUCCCUUUUCGCAUACUCUGGUCAUUGCUUUGGAAUUUGCUUAUAUUGCCGGUCUUCGCAGUGUUCUGGGCUUUGAUUGUUGGGUUAGCAUUGGAUCUGGGGCUGAAUGUGGAGCAGCAAACGUAG